ACCUCGUACGCACACACCUUCGUGUGUUGACAAGACAGGAAGCUAGCUGUUCUGAGAGUUACGUGGUCUUGUAUUCUUUUCUUUCAGGUGUACAAAAGAAGUGAUAUUAAUUUUCAAUCAUCAUCGGCAUUAAAAUAACGUUUUAAAGGAUUGAACUUCGGAAAUUUUAAUGAUGAAUGAUUCAAAUACGUAGUGAAUGACACCUGAAUUUUUCCUGAAGAUUGUUAUCAGCGCCUCAUCAUCAGUUUUCUAGUCAGUCUCUGAGAGCCGGUCCACUCUUACCCGCUAACAAUGUGUGUUCGAGUGUAUGACAUCCUAAUUGUGAUACUCAUAUUUAUACCAUCGACACUUCUGCACGAAAGUAGGAUAUCAAGCCGUCACUAUCCAACAGAUGAUGUCCCUACAUUCCAGAGGGAUUCUGUUGAAUGGAUCCCAUCCUAUGAGAAACCUAAUCAGCGAAGCUCACAACGUUCCUCCCUCAUGGAUUAUGUGUUUGGAACACUAUCUCUUCCUCUCAGAGCAGCUGUUGAAAGUAUACCAAAACAUACUGCAAGUUACAGGUCAGAUCACCGCUUACCACUGAGAGAUGCAGUCGAGCAGCGACCUUACCCUGACCUUGUUGUCAAUCCAUUUGAUAUUGGGUGGACUGAAGUCUUACCCAGUGUUGGUCAGUUUGGCUCAACAUUUGCCUGGUGGAGAGAGAAGCUUUUUUCAAAACAAAAGUAUGCUUCUUCUGUCACUGAAGGAGCUCCAGAACCAGAUGCCAACUUCAAGGCAGCACAUUACUAUGGAAAUAAGGUCACAGGGAAUCAGCCCUACCACGUGGUGUGCUAUGUAGAAGGCUGGGCUGUAUAUCGUAAGGAACCUAUGAGGUUCAGUUCCCUGGAUUUAGACCCAUUUGCUUGCACCCAUUUGGUGUAUGCAUUUGCAACGUUGGAUCCACACUCUUUCACCAUUAUGCCUCAGGAUGAGGAGUACGAUAUUGUGAAAGGAGGAUACCGGGCAAUGGUGGGAUUGAAACGUGUAAACCCACAACUCAAAGUUCUAAUCUCUGUUGGUGGCUGGAUAGAAGGAAGCCAUAAGUUCUCACAGAUGGCUAGCAGUGCUUUUGUACGUCGAGAAUUCAUCCGUUCUGUAAUUCAUUUCCUUGAUCUUCAUGGUUUUGAUGGUCUUGAUCUUGAUUGGGAAUAUCCAGGAGCCGAGGACCUUGGAGGGAAACCAUCAGACAAGGAGCACUUUUCACUUCUAACAGAAGAGUUAUCUGAAGUAUUUGCCCCUCGAGGAUGGCUUCUCUCUGCAGCUGUGUCACCAUCAAGGUUCAGAAUGGAGGAUGCCUAUGAUGUACAUCGCUUGGCCCAUAAUCUAGAUUUCAUCAACUUGAUGACAUUUGACUUGCACGCAGAGAGAGAUCGUUCAGCUGAUCACCAUGCUCCUCUUCUCCAGAGGAAACACGACACAGGUCUCAACGUAUUCUACAGUGUUGACUACGCGGUUCGAUACUGGCUGAAGAAAGGAAUUCCACGAGAGAAGUUGAUUGUUGGUAUACCAUUCUAUGGCAGGUCAUUCACUCUGGCAAAUGCCUCUGUUACAACACCUCCCGCUCCAAUUAAAGGCUUUGGGAAGGAAGGCUAUUACACCCAGGAGCAGGGUUUCCUAGCUUACUUUGAAAUAUGUGAACUUCUGGAAGAUAAAAGCUGGAAGAAAGAGGCAGAUGAUGUGGGCAGCCCUUACAUUGUUAAAGGAGAUCAGUGGAUUGGUUAUGAUAACCGAGAUAGUAUUGCUACUAAGAUGGCUUACAUAAAAAAGAAUCGUCUUGGAGGAGCUAUGGUAUGGGCUGCAGAUCUAGAUGACUUUGAGGGCCAUUAUGGGGAAAAAUGGCCAUUGCUAUCCACAGUGAGGAAAUCUCUACUUGUUCAAGGUGAUAAGCAGCCAAUCUCACAGUGGCCUGUAUUCAACCCACCUCCAAUACCAGGCACACCAGUGUCUAUUGAGCCAGACCAGGUGAACUGCACUGGUCAGGGCUUUGUGAGAGAUCCAAAUAACUGCUCAAUUUACUACCUAUGUGAGUGGAAAAUGAAGCACAGCUAUAUCUGCCCUGAUGGCCUCCAUUAUGAUUCAUCUUUGAAGUUAUGUAACUGGCCUCAUAUUGCUGGUUGUGACAACAAAUUUCCUAUUUCAGGAACAAACAAAGGGGCACAAGCAGUAACUUCAGAAAUAAGCAACAUCAUACCUAAGGACAUGUGUACCAGUAACGGUCUAUAUGCAGAUCCAGCAAAUUGUCGAAACUAUUACUGGUGUCAGGAUGGCAAAGGAUACCGUUUUUCAUGUGGAAUGGGUCAGUUUUUUGAACCUACAAUGGGCCUCUGUUAUUAUGGCACCUCAACACGUUGCACUGAAACACCCAGUGCAGCUGCAAAAACAGUGGAAGACUUUAACAUAGCUGUGAGCAGUUUCUUAUACCCAGAAACUGUUGUGAAUGAGGACAGUAAUAAUAUUGGUUUCAACAGAUACAAUAUUGAGCUUAGCAGUAAGCAGUUCCUUCCAGAAGAAGACUACAAGAUUGUAUGCUACUUCACAAGCUGGGCCUUUUAUCGAAAGGGUGAUGCCAAGUUUGUCCCUGAACACAUAGAUUCCAGACUAUGCACACACAUUGUCUAUGCAUAUGCUUCCCUUGACCCUGAUGAGUUAGUUAUGAAGCCAUUUGAUAUUUGGGCAGACAUAGAAAACAAUUUCUACCAGCGUUUGACCUCUCUUCAUGGUCCCAGGAUACAUGGGGCUGAUGUGAAAGUCCUAUUGGCUCUUGGUGGCUGGACUGAUUCAACUGGGGAUAAAUAUUCCCGUUUAGUGAGUGAUGGUGGUACUAGAAGAAAGUUUGUGGCUAGUGUGGUCAGUUAUCUGAGACGACACAAUUUCAAAGGGCUUCACCUUGACUGGAAUUACCCUAAAUGCUGGCAGUCUAAUUGUAACAAAGGACCUGCUUCAGAUAAAGCUAACUUUGCCAAAUUGAUCCAGGAACUAAGCAAGGAGUUCCAGAGACAACAGCCCCCAUUGGUGCUGGCAGUUGCAUUAUCAGGCUACAAGGAGGUGAUAGAACAAGCAUAUGACCUAGCUGUGAUUGGACGCUAUGCUGAGUUCAUGUCUGUGAUGACUUAUGAUUAUCAUGGAGCUUGGGAGAAUAUUUUGGGCCACGUCAGUCCUUUGUACUAUCGGAGUGGUGAUCAGUUCCCUCAGUACAACACGAAUUAUACCAUGGAGCACUUAGUUCGACUGGGAGCUCCACGUCACAAACUGCUGGUUGGAAUUCCAUUUUAUGGACAGAGCUUCACAAUGGGAUCUAGGGCCAACACAGAACCAGGGGCACCAUCUAAAGGUCCAGGUAGUCCUGGCAAGUUCACCAAUCAACCUGGAAUGCUGGCAUACUAUGAGAUUUGUGACACAGUUCGUAGCCAGCACUGGACAGUGGGACAUGAUCGAUAUGGAGCCACAGGACCAUAUGCAUAUUCAGGGGACCAGUGGGUUGGCUAUGAAGAUGUUGAGUCUGUCAAAGAAAAGGCAAAAUACAUUAAAAAUAUGGGCUUUGGAGGUGCAAUGGCAUGGACAGUGGACUUGGAUGAUUUCAACAACCUUUGCUGCAGAGAACCUUUCCCUUUGCUGCGAACGAUCAACCGUAUACUGGGCAACUUGCCAGAGCAGGAGCCCACCAGAGCAGACUGCACCAAACCACCUGCACCUAUCACACCACAACCACCGACCCUCACUACGGGUGUUGAUAUAGGUGAAAUCAGCUCAACGCCACCAUAUGAACCACCUACUUCUUCUUCUACAACUUGGCCAGACUGGACAACUAGUUCAAGCUCUGCUACUUGGAGACCUACAUCAACAACAACAACAACAACAACAACACCACCUUGGUGGCGGCCACCAACCACUACAACUUCCACUCCCAGGCCAACAACUACAACACCAUGGUGGCAGCGCCCAACCACUACAACAAAAACUACCACUCCACGACCUACGACAACCACAACUACCACACAACGACCUACCACAAUUACAACUACCACUACCCGUCGUCCCUCUACCACUACUAGUGUGAUAACAAAACCUCCCACUACAGCCUUACCAGACAUUCCUUUGCCAGGAGCACCUUGCAAUGCAGGCGAAUAUCUUCCAGAUCCUUCAAACUGCAAUGCAUAUUACCGCUGUAUUCUGGGAGAGUUAAGGAAAGAAUAUUGUGCAGGUGGAUUGCACUGGAAUACACAAAGCAAAGUUUGUGACUGGCCAAGUGAAGCCAAAUGUGAAAAACAAUCUGCAACACUUUCCACUACAGAAACUUCUCCAUGGUGGACUACAGCACAAUCAACAAGUACAACAGGAUGGGACAACUGGUGGACAAGCACCACAACAACAACAACAACAACACAUAUACCAGAUGGCUGGUGGACAACAACUAAGAAAUCAACAACUACAAGCAGGCCAAGUACAGAGAUUAUAGUAUCAACUGAGAGAUGUUCCAAUGGUCAGUAUUACCCAGAUCCUGGAUCCUGUACAAUUUUCUACAUCUGUGUUAAUGGCACACCAGUAAAGCAGACUUGUGCACCAGGACUAGUGUGGAACCAAGCAGCGACAAUGUGUGACUGGACCUUCAAUACAAAAUGCGCUAAUUCCUUGUCGCUUCCACAUGAAUACCCACAAUAUUUGAAGAUUAAGAAAGGCAGCUCUUGCAAUGCUGGAGACUUUAGCUCAGCACAGGACUGCACAAAAUAUUUAGUCUGCAUAUGGGGCACAUAUCAAGAGUUUUCCUGUGGUCCAGGGCUACAUUGGAAUAAUGCUGCACAUCUUUGUGACUGGCCUCGAAAUGCACAAUGUAAAUCUGGAGGUGAUGAUUUAAAACCAACUGAUUUACCAACUGUGAGACCAACUCCUCCUACAACAAAACCAACACGUCCACCAACAUGGUCAACACAGACCACACUAUCUAGCAGCGGAGAUGUGAUAAGUUCCACUCCUAGUCUUCCUACAGUGGAGCCCACAAGACCUCCACAGGGUGGUACCUUAUCUGGCUAUUUCAAGGUAAUAUGCUACUUCACAAACUGGGCAUGGUACCGUCCAGGAAUAGGGAAGUACCUUCCUGAGACAAUAGAUGAACGACUUUGCACCCACAUAGUGUACGGUUUUGCAGUGCUGGAUUAUGAAAACCUGAUUGUGAAAGCCCAUGAUUCGUGGGCUGAUUAUGAUAACAAAUUCUAUGAACGAGUUGUGGCCUAUAAGAAGAAGGGACUGAAAGUGUCACUUGCUCUUGGAGGUUGGAAUGACUCUGCAGGUGAUAAAUACAGUCGCCUGGUAAACAGCCCAUCUGCACGCCGAAGAUUUGUCAAGCAUGUUACUGAGUUCCUUGAGAAACACGGUUUUGAUGGACUUGAUCUUGACUGGGAAUAUCCAAAAUGUUGGCAGGUGGACUGUAACAAAGGCCCUGAUUCUGACAAGGCUGCAUUUGCCGCAUUAAUAAGAGAAUUACGGCAAGCCUUUAACCCCAAGGGUCUCCUAUUAUCAUCUGCUGUUUCCCCCAGUAAGAGUGUUGUUGAUGCAGGUUAUGAUGUAAAGGCUCUUGGUGAGAACCUGGACUGGGUGGCAAUCAUGACCUAUGACUUCCAUGGUCAGUGGGAUAAGAAGACUGGUCAUUUGGCACCAUUGUAUUUCCACCCAGAUGAUGAUUUCUUCUUCUUCAAUGCAAACUACUCUAUCAACUACUGGAUCUCAGAAGGAGUCCCACGUCGCAAGAUUGUGAUGGGAAUGCCGUUGUAUGGGCAGUCAUUCCAGUUAGCUGACUCUUCCACAAAUGGUCUGAAUGCUCGAGCACCGGGACCAGGACAAGCAGGGGAGUUCACACGUGCUGCAGGAUUCCUUGCUUACUAUGAGAUCUGUGAUCGGGUAAAGAAUCGUGGCUGGACAGUGGUGCAAGACUCUGAGAAACGAAUGGGACCAUAUGCAUUCCAUGGCAAUCAGUGGGUCAGUUAUGAUGAUGCUGCAACUAUUCGGACAAAGUCUGAAUAUAUUCGUAAAAUGGGUCUUGGAGGAGGUAUGGUGUGGGCUCUUGAUUUGGAUGACUUCCGCAAUCAAUGUGGUGAAGGAGUUCAUCCGCUGCUCAACACAAUUCGUGAAGUUCUAGCUGAUCCACCCAGAGGAGGGACAGAAGAAGGCUUCGAAUCUCCAAAACCACCAAAAGCUCCAACAGUACCUGUUUCAACUGAAAGCCUGCAACAAGUGAGCACUGAUGCACCAUCAUCAGGAAGUGCAUCAGAAAUUGAUUUAUCUUCAACUGCAACAGUGACACCAGCAACAGUUGGACCAAUUUCUUCAGGUGGCACCUCUCCCACUGGUAGUGAUUUCAAAGUUGUUUGCUACUUUACAAAUUGGGCCUGGUACAGGCAAGGCGUUGGUAAAUACCUUCCUAGUGACAUAGAUGCUGAACUUUGCACCCACAUUGUAUAUGGAUUUGCAGUUCUAAAUGGAGAUCAGCUGAUCAUCAAACCACAUGACAGUUGGGCAGACUUGGACAAUAAAUUCUAUGAGAAAGUGGCAGCAUAUAAGGCAAAGGGGUUGAAAGUACUAGUGGCUAUUGGAGGAUGGAAUGAUUCUGCUGGAGACAAAUACAGUCGUCUAGUGAACAACCCUAGUGCAAGAUCACAUUUCAUCAGUUAUGUCACUGACUUCAUAGAAAAACAUAAUUUUGAUGGCUUGGAUCUGGAUUGGGAAUACCCUAAGUGUUGGCAGGUUGAUUGUAGGAAGGGUCCAGACUCUGAUAAAGCAGCAUUUGCAGCGUUUGUAAGAGAGCUGAGGGCUGCUUUCAGACCAAAAGGAUAUAUGCUGACAACAGCUGUUUCACCAAGCAAGGUUGUUAUUGAUGCAGGUUAUGAUGUUCCUACUCUGUCAGAGAAUAUGGACUGGAUUGCAGUGAUGACAUAUGAUUACCAUGGACAGUGGGACAAGAUUACAGGUCAUGUGGCUCCCAUGUAUCCGCAUCCUGAUGAUAUAGAUGUCACUUUCAAUGCUAACUUCUCAAUCAACUAUUGGAUUAAACAAGGAGCAGACCCUAAGAAGAUUGUGAUGGGCAUGCCCAUGUAUGGACAAUCAUUCAGUCUGGCAGACAAUAACAACCAUGGGCUCAAUGCACCAACGUAUGGAGGGGGAGAGGCUGGGGACUCCACUCGAGCCAGAGGAUUCUUGUCUUACUAUGAAAUCUGCACAAAUAUUCAGAAGAGAGGCUGGAAAGUAGUGAAAGAUCCAGAAGGUCGAAUGGGACCAUAUGCUUAUUCAAAAGACCAAUGGGUGUCAUUUGAUGAUGCAGGCAUGAUCCGAUACAAAUCCAACUAUAUUCGCCAUAUGGGCUUGGGUGGUGGCAUGAUCUGGGCCCUUGAUCUUGAUGAUUUCCGAAAUGCUUGCUCAUGUGAACCCUACCCAUUACUCCGUACUAUCAACCGAGUCCUCAGAGGUUAUCCAGGUCCUGGACCAAAAUGUGAUAUCAAUGCUGACGGUUCCAAAGAGAAGAUACCUGACAAUCAUGUGCACUACCCCAGUUGGACACUUGUCUCUGAAGGAUUAAUGAGAGAUCCAACUUGCGGUGGAAAGAUCUUUGCUCCACAUCCCAGUGAUUGCCAAAAGUAUUACCUGUGUCAGUUCGGAGUGCCUACAGAACAAACAUGUCCCGGAGGCCUCUACUGGAACAAGGAUCACUGUGAUUGGGCAGAGAACACAAAAUGCAAGUCAGUGGAAGCUGGAAGUGGUGACAUCAAGCCAACAACCUCUCCUCCAACAUUUUCACCAACACCCACAUUUACUGAGCUUACAACUGCAACAAAACCAAGUACACCUGGCACUGAUGUUACCGUGCCUCCCAAACCAGCUGACACAGGAUACAAAGUUAUCUGCUAUUUUACCAACUGGGCAUUUUACAGGCAAGGUGUUGGAAAGUAUGUCCCAGAAGACAUUGAUUCAUCACUGUGCACGCACAUAGCAUACGGUUUUGCUGUGAUGGACGGAGGCACACUUAACAUCAAACCUCAUGACUCCUGGGCAGACAUAGAUAACAACUUCUACCACAAGGUAACAGGAUUCAAAUCACGAGGUGUGAAAGUACUGAUUGCAAUUGGUGGCUGGAAUGAUUCUCUGGGAGACAAGUACAGCCGGCUGGUAAACAGUCCAUCAUCCAGAGCAAAUUUUAUAAGGACUGUUCUCGAGUUUAUUGAAAAGUAUGGCUUUGAUGGACUUGAUCUUGAUUGGGAAUAUCCCAAAUGCUGGCAAGUGGAUUGCAAUGCAGGCCCAGAUUCUGAUAAAGAAGGAUUUGCUGCACUGGUUCAAGAACUGAGUUCUGCUUUCAAACCAAAGGGGUUGCUUUUGUCUUCUGCUGUAUCACCCAGCAAAGUGGUCAUUGACGUUGGAUAUGAUGUGCCAAAACUAACAAAGUACUUUGACUGGAUCUCUGUGAUGACAUAUGAUUUUCAUGGUCAUUGGGACAAACAGACAGGUCAUGUGGCACCACUGUACUAUUAUCCUGGUGAUACAUAUGAUUACUUCAAUGCUAACUUUUCAAUCAAUUACUGGCUUGAGAAAGGUGCAGACAGAAAGAAGAUUAUAAUGGGGAUGCCCAUGUAUGGACAAUCAUUCACCUUGGCUGAUGCCAAUAAAAAUGGACUGAAUGCUAAAACAUAUGGCCCAGGCCAGGCUGGAGAAUUUACAAGAGCAGGAGGUUUCUUAGCUUAUUAUGAGAUAUGUCAUGCUGUGAAAUCACAAGGAUAUACACAAGUGCGAGAUCCAGAGGGUAGGAUUGGUCCAUAUGCUUAUAAGGGGAAUCAAUGGGUGUCCUAUGAUGAUGUUUCUGAUAUCCGAAGGAAGUCACAGUACAUUAAGAAAAUGGAUCUUGGAGGAGGAAUGAUCUGGGCUCUUGACUUGGAUGACUUCAAAAACCGAUGUGGAUGUGGGAUACAUCCACUGCUUAAGACAAUCAAUCAUGAACUUCGUGGCCUUCAGGUUUCUACAUCAGAUUGUACAUAAAGCAAAUGGUAUCAAAGUUUUUCAUUGGCUAGGGUUGCCAACAGACUCUCAUAGAAGUUGACAGAAGCACUUUUGAUACAUGAAAGGAAUUUUUCACUGGAAACAUUUCAUGUUCAAGUUUUAUAGUACAGUAAUAAUAUUUUAUUUUCUGUGAAAAUAAGUAAAAAAUUCCAGCACACAGAAAUGAGAAAAAGGUUUGUGUUUGGCACAUAUCUAGAUUAAUUGUGUGCUCUGGAUUAAAUAUAUGAAUAUUUAUGUAUAAGAAGGGUAAUUGUGACGCCCAUAACAUCUGCUCUGGACCAUUAACAGACUUCCUUCUUUAACUGAUACUUAACAUCAGUGUUAUGUUUAGGUUUAUAUCAUCAAUAGUAAAGAAAUUCAAGGUCUUCUAGAUUGUAGUUGUCAACACUGACCUAGUGAUUGUUUACCAAACCAUUAUUUAUAACAUUAAAUGUAACAAUAUAUAAAGGAACAAUAUGUAUUAUAAACAAAAAGAAGUCACACACAUGAAAGUUUCGCUCUCUUCUUCCAAGCUCUGAAGAGUGGAUUUAUCAGUGACUUCACCCCCCCCAACAGACACACACAGUGGGUAAAACGCCUUAAGCAUAAUAUUCGUUCUGAAACGCAUUUACUAACAUAAAUUUAAUGUAAGAAGAACUGUUAAUCACUUUAAGUAUCACAUGUCACUUUUUUAUAGUAAUAAUUUAAUCCUGGAAUUUUUCUGUGACUUCCCUAUCCCCUGCCAUCUCCUCAUAUUUUUGCAAUCCAGAUAGUUACCUGUGUUAUGUUUGCCUUCAUCAGUAACUUAUUUAAUUUAACAUACAUUAUUUAUUCAAUACAUGAUGACCUAUCAUGCGUUUAAUUAACUUUUGUCAUGCUAUGAAUUUUUAAAUAAACUUGAUAUUUAAAUUUUUACAAUGACUUGCUUCAAUGGAUGGCAUUAUCAGUCAGAAGAUGUCUCUGCUAUCUCAGCAUUUCAAGCCAUCCACUUGCAGUUUGAAAACAGUGAGAAUUAUAAUUUGUCAUGUAACGUACAAAUGUGCAAUUUUUAAACAAAUAUUCAGCUCAGGAAUAGUUAGGCUGCUUUAAAUGCCAAGACUGUGUCAUGAAAUUCAUGUAAGGUAUGUAAUGAUGAUGAUGAUAACAAUGACAAUGAUGAUAAUGAUGAUGACAAUGAUGAGGAUAAUAAGAGCAGCAGCUAGUGUAGUGUAGUGUAGCGUAAUGUUGAAUGUCACUGGUGUCUGUUUUGUGUGACUGUGAACAACAGUGAAAAACAUUAUGAAAAAUGAAAAAAUCUGGAAUGGUUAUUAAUGUGAAUAAGAAUAUGUAAGAAUAAAGAGUGUGAUAGGCUGUGUGGGAGCAUCUAAUAAAAGGAAAGAUGCACAUAAGUAUUCCUGUCACAAAUGGCACAAGAGUAUGUCCUUUAGAUAGCAACAGGGCAUUUAUGUUCCACUGUGGCACAUACAUUAUUUACACAACAUGCACAUACCAUGGACGUGCCACAAGAAGUCAGUAGACAUGGAUAGGCAGGUUGGGUGAACUUUACACUACACCCUAUCCUGAAAACAUUCUUUGACUCAUUUGCACUAUGGGGGGAAAAGGUAUAAAUGAUUUCACAUCUUUGCAGUUGCUAUCACUGUCGCCUUCACUGCUGUCAGUGGCACCUCAACUCACUAGUUACAGGCAUGAACAAAACAUACAGGUGAUCUCAAAUGGGUAUAUGUCUGUGAGACAGGAAUAGUGUUAGUAUCAGCAUAGUGCACAUGCCUGUGAUCACCCUUUCAUCCCACCCACACACACCUUGCCCCAACUCAUGGAGCACCCAUAAUAGUUUCCUCUAAUAAAAUAACUUUCAUAGUAGUGCAGGUCUUUUUAAAUUACAUUUUAUGAGGCACAUUAUUUAAAUAGAAGUAAUACUGUAAUAUUUGAGUUAAUAAUCAAGACGUCUACCAGUGAAUUCAUGUUAACCAUGAAACUGCUUGUUCACUUAUAUUUAAGGCAGUAUGGUAUCUUAUAGGAAUAAGAGAGUGCAUGAUCCUAUGAUGAUAAGAGGAAAAAGAAUUUAAGUCUUCCUUCCCCCUCUACCUUCUAUAUCUUUAAUUCUCUCCUGUCUUUCUUCAUAUUACUUACCCAUUUAUUUGUCCAUCAUACUGUAACUUCCUCUCCUUGUUAAAAUAAUGUUUUCCCUGAGAAAUUAGCUGCUGCUUUUAUGUUGAUAUAUUUAUUGUUGUCAGUGUAUAAAGUAAAACUGUGUCUUGUCAACUCCUUGCAAACAUCCACUUACAAAAAUUGGCAACCCUAACCAAAUGUUCCUUUAGACAUAGUACAUUCCACAGCUUUAUAUCUUUUGUAUUUAAUUUUGUGUUUGUUUUGAAAUCUGUGAUAUUAGGGGAGAUUUUAUGCCAUUAUUUCUCAUACUUCAAAUAGCAACUGAGGAUGACAGCUGCUGUCUCACAUUUGCAUAUAACAAUUUUUUAAUACCACAGCAUUUUUUCUGAGGAUGGUAUCCAUAGCGACUGAUACAGUAUGCAUGAGACAUCUGUGCUCCCAGUUAUUUCACUCCCUUUUUAAAAUCUGACAAAUUUCUGUUUGAAGAAGUGAAAAUAUAUCCCAGUCCCACUCUUACUGGAUUAAUUCAUACUUAUGAUGUGUUUGCUAAAUGUAAAAGGUAAAGUUGUCCCUGUGCUUGAGCACAGUGACAUUAAGACAUAUGUGAGAGUGCAUAUUACAAUUCCACACAUAUAUAUAUACAUACGUAUAUAACAACAGCACUAGAUGUAGGUGAGUGGCCAACUUCACAGUUGAGUCACUUUUCCCUGGUAUAUAUUGCAAAGACAGCUAAGUGGGCCCCAGGUCUCAUUUGAACAUGUUGAAAAACUGAAAUUUCUCUAGCCUUCCCAGGAAUUGAAUUCUGGUCAUCCAGCCUCUUAAUGUGUAUGAUAGGCAAUGGUGUGCACAAACAUAUUGACAAAAUUGUGUGAAUUGUGUUACUAAAUGCAGCAAGUCUCAGGAGAGAAUUUGCCAUAUUUAUUCUCAGUAUGCAAUGGAUGGCAGCAGAUUUGUCGCCAUUUUCUGCUCAACUGUUGAGUCUUUCCAUGGUGAGAAACAACAGUAUGGCAGCAAAUUUUGAGCUGUGUGUAAAUUGCUCCUAUGUUAUCAUAUAGAACCAAAGUUGGUAGUUAUAAAUUUAAACUGCAGGCAUGCCUUUCAAAUCUGUUAUUUUUGUAAACAGUAGACUACUUCCACAAUGGAAGAGUUAUAAAUAUUGGUCCAUAAAACUCUCAAGAAGGAGAUUUUGUUAAGAACGAAAUAUUACAUUGUUAGCUCAUCAGGGAGAACUGAACAUCUUUCCGAUCUAAAAGUUCAUGACGACGAAUAUGACAAUGGGACAGAGAGACAAGAGUCCAGUCUCCAAUUUUGCUGAUGGAUAAUAUCCAGAAAAUUAGUUAUUAUAAAAGUCUGUACAUUUUACCUCUCUAUUCUUUUAAAUGAGAAUUUCUGAAUAAUGUUUUACUGUUAAGUAAAUGGAAAUAUUUAAACAUACUUUACAACCAUGAUAUAAAAUAUUUAAUUUAACAAAUAAUGCACACAUUCUGGCUGAAGUGUUGUGGGUACAUAUGUGAAAUACUUGUAUUGCUCAUUACCAUUUUAAAAUUAAUAACAAUAACAAUGUAAAUAAUAAGCAUUGUAACAUUAUUUGGUUCCAUUAGGAGGUGUAUCAUUUCCUGUUUUUUAUAGUCUCUUCAGUUGCAUUAAAGAUUAUUGGGAAGUUUCGGAAUGUAUAAAGCAUACGAAAACAAGGUGUGUUAACUUCUGAAAUAUCUACAUACAAGCUAUACACCGUAGUAAAGAACAGAAUUUCUUCUACAUAUUUUGGACUAUUAUUGCUGGGUCAUGGUCUUCAAAGUAUUGUGUAAUGGUUUAUACUACUGUGAGAAUGGAGUGAUUUAAAAGCUUCUGGGACAAGAUAUGUGUCAUACGCAGCAAUGUACCGUUCAAAAUAAAACAUUUCUUAAAACUACUGUUAUAAUUACAGUUACAAAAGUGCUGUACAUUAGCAAAUUAUUCCUCAAAUUUUCAGUAUAACUCUAUGUUCAAUCCAUAUUCAAAUUUUUCUUGAUUCACAUAACCUUCCCAAAAUGUUCGUUCCUUGAUUUCUUUUUCUUUUGAUAAUAUUAACUUAUUGAUUGCUGGUCAAAUUGAUCACCAGAGGCGAAUGCUGCAGACCAGCUGUCAGUGCACUGCCAGACAGCUACAACUGGAGUAACAUAAAAUGAAUGAAGAUUUCAAAUUUUCACAGCAGUGGUUGGCCUCGCUUGCUACCUGCUUCAUGGUAGUUCCUUUGCGUUCCUUUGUCUUACUCUUAAACCCUGAAGAUGGAGACAUGUUCCUCCGAAACGUCGGCUGACUUUCAACAAACUACGCAGUGUUAUUUCCCAAAUGACAGAAUUCUUCAUAAAAAACGAGUUCUCCAUUAAGUAAAGGAUCUAAAGCAUUAAAUCCACUGACAGCAUGGUACAUUAUACGGCAUUUGUUAGCUUCGUAUGCGGCAGGCUAGGGAACGCUAGGGAAGCGGGUAAAUUCACUGUUUGACUGGGUAUUCAAAAACCCCUAACUCCCUCGCGCAUGUUUCAGUGUUGAUAAAAGAAGUACUAGAACAGGAUUCUAUUGUUAGUAAUCUGUCGUUCAUGCUGUUUUGUGCCUUCCAUACUUGCCAGUCGUAUGAGUACGAAGAGAAAAUAGCGGAGUAGUGGAUACGACACGUGAGGUGUUUCC